UCGCGCUCACACGAGUAACCACGUGUACGAGAAAAACCGGACGAUUUUUCGACUAUUAAUCAAUUUUGUACACGCACUGAUCAUUGAUAAAUACACAAUUAAUAGCGAAUGUGUCGUGCGCAUAUUAAUCCUCGCUAAAAAGUUCAUGUAAGAUCCUUACGGGUUAUAUAUAAACGCGAGUGCCGGUGCGUGAUGAGUGACAAACUAAGGUGAUCUCUCGCGCUCUCGGUAAGAACUUUGAUUAUUUCUACCGAGCGACUUGGACUAUAUACGUGUGCAACGGUAUAUUUGGUAAAGGCAGAUUCUGAAAGAUUUUGUUUCGACGUAACGGAAACACGUGGAUGUGACUAUCAUUGUUUUGGACGAUUUUGAAGUAAAUCAACAACUAAUCGUACGUGGUACGAAAUCCACCGAGUUUGGGAUUUGAUCGAGUAUUUUUACAAUGAUAUAUCUCGCUUCAGUCUUGAGUCAACUCAGGAUACAAUAUCAAGGCUAAUUUUUAGGAUAGACAUCAAGGGAAUCCUAAUGAAGUCUGACACUAUGAGGAUUUCCGACUUCAUUCUCCUCGAAAUGGUUCUCGCUAAAGAAAAGAGCAACAAGAACAAUAAGACUUUGAACAUUUCAGAAUUACACAGUCUGAUAAAGCAAGGAGAAAAUGCAGAUUUUAAGUCUAUGGUGAAAAAUAUCAGAGCAUCGGACCUCGUCGACAUUCGAGGCACGACGUUAUUGCACGUAGCAGCAAAGUGCAACAAUGUCGAAGUAAUAGAGUAUUUAUUGACUUCAGAAUGUGAUAUUGACGCGAAAACGUCGCGGGGUACAACGCCUCUGCUUACAGCAGCAUUACACAAUAAUUUCGAGUCAGUACAACUUCUUUUAGGAGCCAAUGCUGAUAUUUUGAUACCCGAUGCCUCGGGUAAAACAACUCUGCAAGUAUUACUGCAGGAGAACCGAGGUGUACCUGAAUACGUGAUUGCAAGUGUCUUCGCAAGACUGAAAAAAAGUGUUCUUGGACCUGAUAAGAUUGCGGAAGUGCUGAUACAAGCAGGCUGUACAAUCGAUCGAGUUUUGCUGAUGAACGACCCCGAGGUGACACGAGUCAUGCUGAAUCUGACAGAUUUGAUUGGUGAGAACGAGGCACGUCUUGUAUUGCAGCAUGCCAUGGAAUCUGGUACAUUGGAGAAUGUCGAGGUGCUGCUACAUCAUGGUGUCGGUGCCAAUGCCAGGAGACGAAUUUUUCUAAACAAAUUAAUGGCUGACAGUGAGGACUUUAGUAUGAGGCCUUACAUUGAGAAUCUAGUCGACUGGGACGUCAUCGACGAAGAAUUCGUGCAGUUUCUUGAGGAGACAUUCGUCGCUGGGAAUAAGCAUAUAAUACGUAUGUGGUUGAAUUACGGUCUCGACGAGCACGUCUGGGACAAGUUUGGUCGUGAAUUGGCUGUGAAUAUAUUCGAGAAUCCAAUGGUUGACCCAACAGCAUUGAUGCAAAAAAUACCAUUCGUCAUCGACGCACCAGGCAAGUUCGGCAGAACGGCGCUACAUUUCUCCGUGAUGCGCCAAUCCUUGACGAGCAUUCAGUUCCUUCUUGAUAGAGGCGCAAAUCCCAAUUGUCCCGAUGAAUUCGGCAAUCCACCAUUGUUUUACGCCAAAGACGAGGAAUGUGUUCAACGUCUACUGAGUCAUGGAGCUGAUCCACAAUUAAUUCAUGCUGAAAAACGUGCUACCCUUGAAAGAAAUGGUGAUUUAUAUAGCGAACUUGAUUUUAUGUUAGCUCACCUCGCUAUACUCGACGCUCAAGGUGCGUCGAUUUGACAUAAUUUUUUACCAAGAUCAUCCUCUUUAGCGCUAAGCGUCAGAGUAGGUUUCACGAAGCUCGGAGGAAGUAUCUUUCGAGUUUUCAAAUGUCACAGAAAAAACGUUUCUAAACGUAUUCUAAUGUUCAUUCGUAAUUAAACUAAAUUUGGAAAGCUUCAAAAAGAAAAAAUACGGUUAUUAACUCGUGCAUCAUUUUAGGCCUACAGUUGUUAUCAUUCUCUCUAUAUCUAUAAAAAUACUAGUUUAAUUAUUUUUUUUUAUUAAAUUCUAUUUGGAUGACAACAUUUUGUAUUCGCUUUGUGUUAAGCGUGCAUUUACUUUCAUUUGGCUUAUUGGGUUAUUGAAAACCAUAAAUGUGUGCUCUCAUUGUACACAAAUGUUAUUCUUCUAUCAAAUACCUUAAUAGGUAUUUUAAUGUUCUAUAUUAAUUGUAUUUUUAUUGCCAGUGAUAUUAGUAUACAUGCUUUACAUGGUAUUUGUUAAAAAAUUUUGUUCAAAAUAUUUAUAUUCCGUAAAAUUUGAGAACAUCACGAGUGCAAUUUCGUUAGUUUGUGUUUGAGUAUCCUUUUUAACAAUUAUAUAAGUUUUCAAUAACAAUGUAACUCAAAUAAAAUAUUAAAGUUCAUAAAUCUAAUGUCAACGGUAGAAAAUUAGUCAGAAUCCGGUAGAAAAUUUAAAUAUACAUAUAUACAUAAUAAUAUCAUAAUUACAUGCUUAUAGAUAUUUGAGAAAUACCUAUACAUAUAAACCAAUCAAAUUUCGACAAAAUAAUAAAUUUUUAUGUAUGUAUAAAUGAAAUCAAAUAUACUUGAGGGUUGACAGACGCUCUGAAGAGAGCGAAAAAGGGUAUAUAAAAAAAGCAACAUCUAUGUAGGCCUAAAUUGUCGAGAAAGAAAUUUGUGGCUACGUAGUACUGAAUGUUGAUGCGGCAUCUUGAAAUAAUUAUUAUUUAUUCGUAUCUACCAAACCAGAUCGAUUAGUCCAAUAACUAUUAUACCAGAAUUAUCUACAUGAAGAUUGCUUAAAUGUUCUAAAUGGAAAGAAAAUAAGUUAUGAGUAAUACAAAACGAUGAAAUUUUUACAUGCAGCACGGCGAAAGUGAUAUUUCAUUAUCAGUCCUUUUUUGUUAUUUCAUUUUCUUAUGUAACAUAUUUAACGUUUCCAUGUAUCAAUUGCCAAAAAAAAAACUUAAAAACACGGAAAAAGAAGAAUUUAGGCCCCACAUGCGAUGUUUCUAACUGAUAAUUUGAAAUAUGAUAAGUUGCUUAUUCGGUAUUUCAAUUUUAAAAUAAUUAUUGAUUUGGUAAAUCCGUAUAUUCUAAAUCUGUGGAAGAGUCGUGUGUAUUAUGCUAUUACGAAAAUUACUCAUAAUUUAGGUUUCUAUAAAGUCUUAGACAAUACGAAUAUCAAAAAUAGUAAUUUUACUUCCUCUUUCACUAUCGUGAGUUGCGAUAUUAUAUAUUAUAUAAUAUCAUUAGAAACGAUGCUAUCAGUCUAUAGCUAUUAGCUGUAGAUGCAGUAGCUAUGAACUUUUUUUAAUCUCCUGUAGAAUCGAUGUAUAACGGUUAAAAAAGAAUUAGAAAUUUGUUCAAAUCACUCUUUGUGCCGUAUAUGUUGAUAGACUCUCCUCAGAGUUUUUUCAUCUAUACUUAUAACUAAUCUUUCUAUGUGUCAUUUUUAUCAUCGGAAGGUUUAUUACUUUUUAUGUAUUUUUAAGUUUAACUUGUACAUAUUGUAUAAUAAAUUUUUGUACAUGCGAAAAGGGUUUGUCAGCCCCGUUAAUGAAUAAACAAAAAAAAAAUGAAAAAUGAAACGAUAACUCGAAAGCCCAUACAUUGUCAUACGACGUCAUUUGAUGUGAUGACUUUUCUUUCUUUUUUUCUGCAUGUGUGAACGUAACAAAAAUUAAUAAGGGAAAUGUUUUAUAAAUAUUUUCAAAGGGAAUUUCAUUAUUAUUUGACAGACAUUGCUCGCAUGCGGAUAUGAAAAAAGGGAAAAACUAUUUGUAUAUCUUGUAAACAGCUGGCAAAAAAAUUAUAAAUAACACACGAAAAGAAGACCUACGAUCGCAAAACAUUCACUCGGGAGCCGGUCUAUAUCUUGGCAUACCAAGCAAUAAAUAUCGACGUACCACUGCCGCCAAGGGCCUUCCGUCCUUCUUGUAGCCGAGUGCAUAAACUCAAUUAAAAGUGUUCUAUUGGAGACAUGAAUAAUCAUGUGAAAUGCGUUGGUGCAUUCUAUGGCAGAGUAUCGUUCUCGUGAUAAAUUUACAAUUUUUAAUUAGAGUUUUAAGCUAGCCAAAAUAAAAAAGGAACAAAAUAAAUUAAAUCGAAUCAACUGUGAGAAAGAAAACAACAUUUAAAAGACGUAAGAUUGAGAAUAAAUCAGAAUUACCAUGUACGUUGUUUUAACGUAAGUAAGAAAUAAAUAAACAUAAGGGAUGUGAAAACAAGUUGAAUGUAACAGGCGAGAUAAUUGCGUACGAAUAUAUAAACGUAAACUAAGCGUCUCGUGCAUUAGCUGAAAAAAAGCAGAAAAACAUAAAAAACACAUUGUCAUUUGUACGAGUAUAUAUAACUGGUUGAUUUUUAAUCAAUGUACGAUCUGAAAAUAGUACAUCAAAUAUAAUCGAUAAGAUGUCGAUAGAGAAACAAAAACGUAAAAAAAAUUAGAAAUUAGACAUUCGAAAUUCUAUACGCCAAAACAAAAAGUUGAAUCAAUUGAACUAGAUUUUUUAAUUAUGUAAAUAGGCUGCUAGAUUUUCGAUUUGCACCGUGAAACACCCAGAAAAACUAAACAAGUAAGGUCAGCAUGAUUCCUUUCUCCUACCGAGAUAAUAUAGACUCAUGGGAUGUUAUACCUACAUGCACGAUUAAUGCGAGAAGAAAACAACUUAAAGUCAGCACAUGGUAUAUUGACAAGUGAACAACAACGAUUAACUUGGAUGAGUAAUAAUACGAGGUGGGAGGGGGAAGCAAGAAAAGCGCAGAAUACGCCUCAAAGAAAAAAAGAAUAAAAAAACUACGUCUAGCCCUUAGGAGUCGGGUUGUUGUUUGUUAUAAAUUAUUGCGUAUGCGCGAUACUCAAUUGUGAUGAUAGAUCACUUUGAUUGUUAACGAAUUGUCACUAUUACUAGUUACGACUAUGCCCAGAAAAAAUUAACCUGUUUAUUUUUAUUAUUCUUUUUUCUAUUUAAUUUGAUGAUUGUUUUGAGUUAGCAAUGAAUCUUUUUCUACGAGAAAUUGGUUCGAGUGAAAAAAGCGCAUUUUUUCCAUUUUGCAAGUACUUUCGAAUUAGUCGAUCAAAAACAGAACGUGUUUGAUUACGCAAUUUCAAUAAAAACUAAU